UUUUUUAAUGGCCACUAGUUUGUUCAUUUCCAUGGUGUUUUUGUCGAUGGGCUGUGACUCAUCUAGGCUGUUUAAACUAGCCAAAAGCUCAAAUUUCAAGGUGAUUACAGGUAGUUUGUAAUAAGAACCAUUAGGAAACUAACUAAACUAAGGAUAGUCAUUCAAUAAUCAACAAGUGACAUUCACCCCAAGAAGUCAGGAUGCAAAAGAACAACGGAUGUGAAACAGUGCAAGUUAGUUAUCGCUCCAAAGUUGAAUUCAAUGUAACGAAGGCCCUGAUCCGUUCUCGAAGCGACUGUUUCUUGGAGUCAAAGCGAGCGCGUGAACGAAUGCUUAAAGAAAAAGAAUUUGAAAACCGAACUCCAUGGGACAUCAAGCCACCGGACUUCACACUUCAAAUCUACCGUCCAAAGCCUCCCAAACGAAAUACAAGAGAAUCUAUGAUACCAGGUUACAACGAAGACGAGUGGAAUGAAAGAGCAAAGGAGAGAAACAAACAGCGGAUUGAAUUUAAACCUAUUUCUUUACCAAAAAUUCUACAGCCCCCAGUAUCACACAAGGUGCCUUUCUCCACUCAGUUUCGUAUUCCGGACUCUCAUGCUGCCAAAAUCAAGUACGUUAGGGAAGGUGUACACAAACGUGAUCCUUACGUUACACCGGGACCUCAUGCCUUCAGAGGGGAUAAUUUCAGACCACUGGAGAAUCCAAAAACAUAUGGUUUGCCAGAGUUCGAGACUACUUAUGAUCACGAUCCAGGAAAUUUGAAGUUCAAGUCCAGAACAUUGAAUGUCCUGCAUGACCCCUAUACAGAUCAGUUUAUAAAUUGUAAGGAUGGUUAUAGAAAACAGAUGAUAACUUAUAAAGAGGAGGAGUGCGAAUGGGAUAAGUCACUCAUCUUAUACAAAGGGCCAUACAAAAAGGGUCAUUUGCCAGGAAGUGCUCUGAUGAGACAGAUAGCCAAACAGCUGCCAUGGUGUUCACCCCAAGAUAAGAUUGAACAAUUUUCAAGGCCAGACAUUUUUGACAAUAAAACAGCUGACUGGUUAGAAGUAACAGCACAUAGCAAAGAACUCAACAGGAUCUAAAAAUUGUUAAAGAGCAUGCAGAAAUGUGCAAAGUAAACAUGGUUCUAGUGUAUGUAAACAAUUGCGAAUUACACUUCAUAGUGACUGGCA